CAGUCUUAUCAAAUAAUCUGGACAGGACACUGCUCUGACAUCUACAUACCAAAAAUGCCAAGUAACAGCAGUCUUACUCGCAUGUUGAAGACGCCCCUGUUAAAUAAGAACAAGCUGGUAUUACACAGUGUUUUAUACCUAAGCAUGAAUGCAGCCAUGACAGAUCACAGUAACUUCAACGCUUGUGGUGUGUGCAUCGAUUCAGCUUCAAGCGUGGAGUUUGCAGCGGUAGAAACAAGGGAUAUACUAUUGUCCAAACACCGAUUCCAGAUCAGUUGUUAAUUGCAACUACUAUUGCAAACACAAGCUCAGCAUUUGGUGCCUGUACCAUCUGACAACUGCACCUAGCGCAGUCUCUUGACCGAAUCAGAUCUUAAGCAAAUUCAACCUCGAAACACCUCUGCAAUCUCAUGACUGAAUCAACGUCCAUGACCGAAUCGUAGAAUAUCAGAUCUGGAGAAAGCUUUAAGGACCUGUGCAGUCUCUUGAAAGAAUCGUAGAAUAUCAGAUCUGGAGAAGGCUUUAAGCACCUUGUGCAGUCUCAUGGUGAAUCAACGUCCAUGACCAAAUUGUAGAAUAUCAGAUCUGGAGCAAGCUUUAAGCACCUGUGCAGUCUCUUAACCAAAUCAAUGAAUAUCAGAUCUGGAGAAGGCUUUAAGCACCUGUGCAGUCUCUUGACCAAAUCAAUGAAUAUCAGAUCUGGAGAAGGCUUUAAGCACCUGUGCAGUCUCAUGACUGAAUCAACGUCCAUGACCGAAUCGUAGAAUAUCAGAUCUGGAGCAACCUUUAAGCACCUGUGCAGUCUCUUGACCAAAUCAAUGAAUAUCAGAUCUGGAGAAGGCUUUAAGCACCUGUUCAGUCUCAUGACUGAAUCAACGUCCAUGACCGAAUCGUAGAAUAUCAGAUCUGGAGAAGGCUUUAAGCACCUGUGCAGUCUCUUGACCAAAUCAAUGAAUAUCAGAUCUGGAGAAGGCUUUAAGCACCUGUUCAGUCUCAUGACUGAAUCAACGUCCAUGACCGAAUCGUAGAAUAUCAGAUCUGGAGCGACCUUUAAGCACCUGUGCAGUCUCUUAACCAAAUCAUAGAAUAUCAGAUCUGGAGAAAGCUUUAAGCACCUGUGCAGUCUCUUGACCGAAUCAUAGAAUAUCAGAUCUGGAGCAACCUUUAAGCACCUGUUCAGUAUCAUGACCAAAUCCUAGAAUAUCAGAUCCGGAGCAACCUUUAACCUUCAAGCACCAAUGGAUGGAUUUGAAUGGCCUCUGAGGUGCCAGAAAUGAAUGAACAUCAUGGAUUUCCACACCAGUUAACUUUGUCUAACUGCAUCUAGUGAUGCGUACAUAUACUUCCCUUUAGAAAAUGAUUAAUUGUUUGCAGUGAAUUGGGGCCAGUAAGGACCCCUUGUGGCCUCUGUGUGAGACACAGUGUACAAAAUUCUCUAACCUAAUUCCUGCAUGUCUGUGGACGUUUGACUAGGAUCAUGAUCAAGGACGUGAAUGGAGGAUACUGGGGGCUGGCCAUCAUCUUGUCGGCCUUCAUGAUCCAGUUUCUAGCUUUUGGCACUGGCCUGUCGAUUGGUCUCUACAAUAUCGAGUUACUUGCUGUCACUGGCGACGCCUUUUCAGUGUCGUUAGUGGCAGCAAUAAACACGGGCUGCUUCCUUGGUUCAGGUCCACUCGCCAGUUUGUUGAUGAACUACCUAAGCCAUCGGACCAUCGUAUUGAUUGGUGCUGGGCUGAGUUCUGCCAGUAUACUGUGUGUGCCAUUCCUGCCCAGCAUCGGCUACAUGUAUGCUCUGUGGGGAGUCUGUGCAGGCCUGGGGUUUUGCUUUGUUUAUGUCCCGUCCCAUGUUAUGAGCGGGCUGUACUAUGACAAGCACACCAGCCUCGCCACAGGAGUCGCUACAGCAGGGUCGGGGCUGGGGAUGACAGUGUUCCCCACCAUCGUCGGCUAUCUCAUCGACGUCUACACAUGGCGUGGGUCGCUGAUUAUCCUGGCAGGACUGAUGUUGAAUCUGUUUGUGUUUGGUCUCCUGCUGCGUCCCCUGCCUACUAUGUUGGAAAAUAUAGGGGAAAAUGAUCAGGAUAAGGGAACAAAAGGAAAAAGAUUUCGAAAUUAUUUUGUUUUUUGUGUUUUUGAAUUUGAUGUGUUUUUUGUUGGUAAUAUUUUAUGGAAUAUGGGGCUAAACAUUGUUGUGACCUUUGGACCCGAUUUCAUACUGACAACGCUAGGCGUAACAAGUAUAGAAGCUGCUUAUAUGCUGACUGUUUUAGGUCUUUGUACUUUUCUAGGAUCUCUUCUGACAGGUUUCAUUGGUAACUUCCAUUGUGUAAACAGGCUUUUCUUAUAUGUGCUGGUAUGUGUGCUUUCUGGUAUUGGAGUCAUUUGUUUCCCAAUAGCUAAGACCUACGUUAUGUUGAUGGUAGCUCAUGCAAUUGUUGGUCUUGGUUUUGGGGGCAUCCUUGGCCUGCUUCUUGUGUUGACCACUGACCUGCUGGGGCCUGAGAGUCUGGGUGAUGGUGUCGGCUACCUCAUGCUGUCCAAUGGUGUUGGAUGUUUUGCUGGACCUCCGAUCGCAGGCCUACUGAAGGACAGUCUCGGAACCUAUGAUGUGCCGCUGUACACUGCUGGGGUGCUUGUUGUAGCCAGCGGCGUCAUAAUGGGACUUGUGCCACUCAAGACCAAACUCUGGGGCAGAUCAGUCAUCUACAAGGACACAGAAGAAGAGAUUGCUCAAGGGAGUUAGUUACAUACAUGACUGUAGCCUACAUCUUUACAUAGAGGAGGCCUAGAUCUGUACAUAGAGGAGGCGUAGAUCUGUACAUAGAGGAGGCGUAGAUCUGUACUUGGAAGAGGCCUAGAUCUGUACAUAGAGGAGGUGUAGAUCUGUACUUGGAAGAGGCCUAGAUCUGUACAUAGAAGAGGCGUAGAUCUGUACUUGGAAGAGGCCUAGAUCUGUACAUAGAGGAGGCCUAGAUCUGUACAUAGAGGAGGCCUUGGUCUGUACUUAGAAGAGGCGUAGAUCUGUACAUAGAGGAUGCCUAGAUCUGUACAUAGAGGAGGCCUUGGUCUGUACUUGGAAGAGGCCUAGAUCUGUACUUGGAAGAGGCCUAGAUCUGUACAUAGAGGAUGCCUAGAUCUGUACAUAGAGGAGGCCUUGGUCUGUACUUGGAAGAGGCCUAGAUCUGUACAUAGAGGAGGCCUAGAUCUGUACAUAGAGGAGGCCUAGAUCUGUACAUAGAGGUUGCCUAGAUCUGUACUUGGAAGAGGCCUAGAUCUGUACUUGGAAGAGGCCUAGAUCUGUUUGUAGAGGUUGCCUAGAUCUUGAGGUCUGUUUAAUCCUGAUAAUGACUACUUUAUAGGUGGAAUCCCAAAUCUGCAAGCGUGAUUUCUGAGAAUAGCUCAGCAUAAUAUUGCAUAUUAUACAUCACAUUGCCAGUUUCCUUGUUUAUAAUAAGCACAUUAUUCCACCUUUCUCUGUGAUCUUGUAGUGAGAUGGAUCUGAUUUUUCUCUCUGAUAGUAUAUCCAUCCGGAACCUGUUCGACUAAGCAAUCUUAGUGCUAAGCUGAUCCCUAGCCUACCGGUAUGGUAAAGUAUUGGAGCUACGACCAACUUAGCACUAAGAUUGCUUUAUGGAACAGGUUCCUGAUCAACUUGCUUUAGAUAAUAACAAAACUUAAAGAAAGCGUGAGGUAUCAUGUGUGUACCUUGCUUGCUUGAAUCUCACACCUGUGUGUACCAGUUCUUUUACAUUGUUUGUUAUUGUUGUUACAUUGUUGUUUGAACAGAUUGAAAUUCAUCUAAAACAAUCAUGAAACACAAUCUGUGAUCUGUUUAUGCCUUGUAGUAUUGAGCAGCCAAUCAGGUGACUCGUAUGUGUGAAAGCUCUGAUGUAUUAGUACCGUAUGUGUGUUGUGAUCACAUUGAUGUCUAUGUUCAGGUUCAGUUUAUGUAAGCUUUAUGUUACAUGUUUGUGUUUUUCAUUCAUGGUUGUCUUUUUUAACUUUGACAUAGAGAAUCUCACCCGAGUGUCAUUUGAUAUCAAAUAUAUCAACAGGAGUUGAUAAAAGUGGGAAAACUCCGAGGUUUGCUGAGGAUU